AUGUUUCGCCUGCUGCCCUGGCCCUCUGCGAUCGGAGGGGACAAGAUGAUGUCGGAUGAUGGAAAGAUGUUGACCUCGAGUUGUGUGAAUGUCAACGCCAGUGCCUUGGUCCCUCAACUAAAGCGCAAGCGCAUCGAUGAUUCUUUGACAGGAGCGCCUGCUUCCACCAAGAUCAGGACAGACGAUUCAGUCGCAUCAACACCCGCCUCCGAUAUUGCCACAUCGCUACCGGUCGCUUCGUCAAAUCCAGUCGCUUCUACCAAUGUGCCAUCAUCUAUUGCCACACCCACGCGUUCACCAGCGCAGGUCGCUGGUCGCACCGUGGACGUGGAUCGUCUUCGCGAAACCAUCACCGCCCAGUUGAGCUUGGAGGUGCUGCUGAAGCAUAACGAACUACGCCUUAUCGACCAGGAAAUCGCCAAAUGUCAAGUCUCACUCGAACAGUUACGACGCUGCGCUGAGAUCCCGUACCCGGGCUCCUGUGUAUCCGGUGUCUCUGCUGGCGUGAGUUUAGGCACGGGCGCAUCGGUGCUGCCUGGAAAUGGCCCCGCACCGAUAUCGCCUGCGCCCUGGGGUGUCACAGAAGGCCCGUAUUCGCGUCACUAUGCGCGAUGGUUGUUGCCUGACCCCCGGUUUGACGGUGGUGUUGACUCAACAGCUUCGGCUUAUCCCGUCGAAGGCCGGUCUACUCGGGGGAACCCAGUAGAUUUCAGUGUUUUGGCUGGGAAAACGCGUCCAUCGCGAACCUCAGGAGGCCCCAAGUUGCAGUCUUUACCAAGUGGAUAUCCGGUCGUUAAGGAAAAGUCGGGCCCCAUGGUCAUGCGACGCAAGUCGGAUGGUGUCUUGGUCAAGCUUACCUGCCUGGACUGUCAGCGUGUUGACUUCUCCAGCACGCAAGGUUUUAUCAACCAUUGUCGUAUCGCGCACAACCGAAACUUCGCUAGUCACGAUGCGGCUGCUAUGGCGUCGGGCGAGCCUGUCGAUGUUGAUGAGUCUGGUGCCAUCAUCGGUGGCCGUACUGAGUCCGCGGCUCCCCCUGCCGUCUCGGGAUACGUCCACCCAUUGAUUCGUUCCUCUGAACUGCUUACCCCUACCAAGGAGACGGUAACUCCCAAGAAACUGUCCGAGGUGCGCAGCUCGUCAGUUCAAGUUGCAACCCCUCCAGCAACCAUUCAACGGAACGUGGAUCCGCGUCGCCAGUCUCAGCCUGUCAAGGCUGAAAAUCCUUCAUUCCUGCCCUCGCCUGCCACUCCUCAUCUCUCUGCUUUGAUGAAAGCCCGUGGCCUAGGUCUGAAUAUGGGCAAGUUGGUGGAGGAUGCCAAGACUCCUAUUGAUCUAGAUGCCUUCUUCGACGAGUCAGAUGUGGACGAGCGACCUUCGUCUUAUGCGAGAACCCCUCAGGAUUCUCACCAGGACUCCCCCGCUCCCCAAGCGGCGCGUCACCCUAUGCGAAUGCCUACCGCUCAAGACGCCUCUGAUCAAUCUGGUCAAAAGGCUUUGCAGAUUCCCGACAUGACUCCUCCUCGGACUCAUUCCUAUGCGCCGCGUCUCUCGGAUCUUGCCUCGUUGUCUGCUUCAGCCGCACAGUCUUCAAUGGAUACGCCUCGUGAUUCCAUGGAUCACCCGGCUCAUCUCAGUCCUAAUACCAUCGAAUCUAACCAAGCUCCCAGCUUGGUCAGCGAUUAUGAGGAUGACUAUGCCAUGGCCUCUGAUUCCGAAGGCCCCAGCUCGUCGGAGGCGGAGGAUGACGAAGAAGAGUUCCGACACAUCGAAGUGCAAGACGACGAGCGCACCGGUGCUCCCUCUGCCCCUGCGGAGCCUAAGCCCGGUCCCUCGCUGGCGAACCCCAUGUCUCAACCCGCUCCUCCUCUCCCCAAAACCAUGAAGCAGAGCCGCCCCGCGCUCCCUUCAUUCGGUGACCGCAACCAAGACAUGCAGUUCAACCCCAUGCGCGAUCUCUCCAACUCAGUGAAUUUCGCUCGACCUGACUUCCACGCUCCCAGUGAGGACCCCUCCAAGCCGAAGUCGAAGUCCAAGCCGAGCCGGGACAGCGCUCGCAACCCUUCUCCCCCUUUCAAUAGAUAA